AAACGUUUGACUGGUGGAGAGUUAGGUGCUGCUGGGACCUCCUGCCUCCCACGGGAUCCCAGCCGCAGGGAGCCUCGGGGACCCUGGGUCGUGCGGAGUGGGGGGCAUUCUUCAGAGAGCGUCGUCGUGGCCUGCAGGGAGCAGUUGUCGAAGAAUCGGGUCAGGUGGGGGUUGGCUGGCAUUACCUGUGUUUCUGUGGUGGUCAUGGCUGCCAUAGUCCUUGCCAUCACCCUGCGGUGGCCAGGCUGUGAGCUGGAGGCCUGCAGCCCCGAGGCCGACAUGCUGGAUUACCUGGUGGGCCUGGGUCAGAUCAGCCGCCGAGGUGCCCUGGAGGUCAUCUGGUACCACACAGCCAACAGCAAGGAAGCCACGACAGCUGCCCCGAACAGCAGCAUCACCGUCCUGGAGGCUGACGUCAAUGUCGAAGGGCUCGGCACAGCCGACGAGACAGGAGUUGCCAUCAUAGCACACCCCCUGGCUAUCCGUAGCUUCAACACACUGGAGCAGUGGCUGGAUGGUAUGCCAGGCUCUUCCCAGAAGGGCAUCAAACUGGACUUCAAGAACAUCAAGGCGGUGGGCCCCUCCCUGGACCUCCUGCGGCAGCUGACAGAAGGGGGCAAAGUCUGGCGGCCCAUGCGGAUCAACAUUGACAUCUUAAAGGGCUCUGACAUGCCCAUCUCAACUGAGGUCAGUGCCACAGAGUUCCUGGCCCUCAUCCAGGAGAAGUAUCCCAAGGCCACCCUGUCUCCAGGCUGGACCACCAUCUACGUGCCCAUGUUCCCAAACAGGAUGUACACCCGAGCGAUGGUGGAGAAGAUGCACGAGCUGGUAGGAGUGGUGCCCCAGAGAGUCACCUGCCCUGUGCUGUCUUCCACGGUGCGAGCCACCUGGCCCCACUCCAGCUGGCUGCUGAGCCAAUCUGAGAGGUACAGCCUGAUGCUGUGGCAGGUCGCCUCGGACCCCAUGUCGGCAGAGGAUCUGCUCUACCUCUAGGACAACACUGCCAUCCAUCAAGUCUACUAUGACAUCUUUGAGCCUUUUCUGUUGCAGUUCAAGCAGCUGGCCUCUGCUUGGCCACACGGAAGCAAAUGUAACACGGGAGGCAGCCUGAUCCCUCUUCUCCAGCGGUUCGGGGGUGAUGGUCUUGAUGCUGCCAGGGGUACAGCAACAGUCACCCUCCCAGACACAGAAGGCACAAUCCUGCGGAACACUGUCGAGGGAACUGUGGCUGAGAACCCCGUGCCCACUGUUUGUGCUCCAAGUGGCAGCAUCCUGAGGUUGGAGUCCUGCCUGCAGCAGCUGGCCACACAUCCCGGACACUGGGGUGUCCAUUUGCAAAUAGUGGAGCCUGCAGCCCUGCGGCCGUCCCUGGCCUUGCUGGCCUGCCUCUCCAGCCUUGGCCUCUUGCAUCAGCCUAUGUGGAUGGGGGCCAAAAUCUCCCAGGAGUUUUCAGUCCCUGGUCACAUGGCUGGCAGAGAACUGCUUACAGCUGUGGCUGAGGUCUUCCCCUGCGUGACUCUGGCACCAGGCUGGCCUGAGGAGGCGCUGGGCAGUGGCUACAAGGAACAGCUGUUCACAGAUAUGCUAGAGCUGUGCCAGGGGCUCUGGCAACCUGUGCCCUUCCAGAUGCAGGCCAGGCCACCGGGCCACAGCACGGCUGGAGCUGUAGCCAGGCUGCUGGCAUCCUCCCCCUGGGCCACUGUCACAGUGGAGCGCAGCCCAGCUAGGGGCGACUAUGCCUCUGAGAGGACAGUGCUGCUGGGAGCCAGGGCUGUGGACAGGACCGGAAUCUACUACAGGCUGCCCCAGGGGCACCACAAGGACUUGCUGGCAGAUGUUGGCAAAAACGGAGCACCGAGGGGUGGUGGCCAGUGGACCCGGGGUGGAGGCUGCCCGCGGGGAGGCAAGAAGAAAUAAAGGCCUUUGCCUUUCUCCAGGCAAAACAAAACAAAACAAAACAAACAGAAAAGGAAAGGUUAGAAACCCUGGUCUGGAUAUCUAGCUUAUUGUGUGUGGUCAAUAGAAGCUUUUUAAUAAAUGAAAAAUGUUUUACUCACCCCUGUCACUCCUUUGCUAGAAAAGACAACUUGGAGCUUCCAAGAGAACAGUCUGUCCCCUGGCUAUGUUUCAGAAACGCUCAUUCUGCUCAGUCCAGCUGCAGGGAAAAGGAUUGUUUCUAGAAGAAAGAGCCUACUUUACACAGCUGUAUCCAGGGAAGGCUGAGGGUUGCUCCCCAUGGCCCUCUGGUUCUCCCCCUGACUGUUUAUGAUCAGGCCCAUGUGCAGCUUCUGGGAUCCCUAACGAUGCCUGAUACAUGGGGAGCUUAAGUGGCUACAUUUCAGGCUUCAGAUAUUAGCAGAGGACUCUUGCGCUGUCUGAAGAUGAGCAGUUGAUGUAUUCCGUGUGCUGGAGUCUGCCAGCCCAUUCGAAUUUAAUUAAGCACAUUCUUUCCUGACAGCCUUCUGGUGCU